GUCGAGGCGCAGUGCAUAGUCCCUGUGUCCUGAUUGUUAAGGUGGAGCUUUUUGCCACAUCACAUCUAUUUGCUGCCGCUACAACGCGCAGUGCCGAGGCUGUUCUACUGGAAAGAGCGAGCUGUCAGCAGCAGAAAGCGGCUGAACAACAACGGAAGCGAGAGCGUUUUUGCAUCUCAGGACAAUUUCAUCCUACUUUAGAGGUGUCGCCGAGCAUGCAUUCAACGCGCAGGUUUAAAGAAAAAAACAUCUGCUAAUUUAAGUUCUUCGCUGCAGCAACUUUUCAGUCGUCGGAAGAUUUGUUUUCUUUGUUUUAACUAAGAACUCAUAAAGAUAGUUUUGAAAUCUUGAGAAAUGUCUCGCAAGAAGGCUGCCAAAGGCAAAGCCGCGACCAGCAGCCCGUCUGCGGGCAGCCCCAUCGGGAAAGGGAGCGGGAAAGCUGCGAGGAGCAGCCCGGGCAUUGUUCAGAUGAACGGCGUGGUCCAUCCCAGCAGACCCUCCAUCAGCAAUAGCAGCGAGUUUUAUGACAUCGCUUUUAAGGUGAUGCUGGUUGGAGACUCUGGUGUGGGGAAAACAUGUCUACUGGUCCGUUUUAAAGACGGAGCUUUCCUGGCUGGCAGCUUCAUCUCAACUGUGGGCAUUGACUUUAGGAAUAAAGUCCUGCACAUUGAUGGAGUCAAGGUGAAGCUCCAGAUAUGGGAUACAGCUGGACAGGAGCGGUUCCGCAGUGUCACUCAUGCCUACUACCGUGACGCCCAUGCUUUGCUUCUGCUGUACGACGUUACCAACAAAACAUCCUUCGACAACAUACAGGCAUGGCUGACUGAGAUCCAUGAGUACGCCCAACAGGAUGUGGUGCUCAUGCUGCUUGGAAACAAGGCUGAUGCCACUCAUGAGAGGGUGGUGAAGAGAGAAGAUGGCGAGAGGCUUGCAAAGGAGUUCGGAGUUCCCUUCAUGGAGACCAGCGCUAGGUCAGGUCUCAAUGUAGAGCUGGCUUUCACCGCUGUGGCUAAGGAGCUGAAGCACCGGUCUAUGAAGGAUCCCAGUGAGAAGUUUAAGCUCCAGGAGUACGUAAACAAGGAGACGAAAAGCACAGGCUGCUGCAGAACUUAAAGCCUGCGUGUGUGUGUGUGUGUGUGUGUCACGUUCAUGUUGUACUGUAGGUGUUAUAUGUCAUAUCUGGUCCAAUCACAGAUGAGGCAGCUCCAGUGAGGUAUAAAUCUUUUUGCCCUUCUGUUUCUCCACUCUCAAACCUUCCUGUCUGUUGUCCUGCACUUAUCGCACUGCCCUACUCUAUUUUGUUUGUCCUGCUUUUCCUCACCUACCUCCUCCUGCAGCUGUGAAUGUAGGUGGUUUGAAAAAGACAAAGUUAGAAGCUGCACACCUCCGUUAUAAAUCUAUUAAUGGACAUUUUUUCCAUAACUUUAGUUGCAUGAUAUUUUAACCCCAGCACUGAAUCAGAUACCUACCUUUGCAUUACCUUGUUUGGAUAUUUUAUUGUUAAAUUCUGUUGUGAUUAAAUCCCUUUAUGUAUUAUGUAGAUAUUUUUGCAAGAUACAUGUAAAGCUAUUUAUUUCUCCAUUUAAAAUGUCAGUGACAGUCGACGUUUUGGUUGAAUGUUCUCUUCUUGGUCAGCGUGUGGAUGAAUGUUGAUAAAUACAUUUAUAAGAUUUGAAUUCAUGCUAGAAGCAAAAAUGAAGUAUACAGUAGUUUAAACAAGCCUUCAGAAACAUGGCAGUGCAUGGGUCACAGAACCGAAAACAUUUUGGGGAUUUUUCCAAUAUUAGAAGGAUCAAUGUUGAGUCUUUGAGAGCUCUAAUGCAACCUCUCUUCUUGAUUAUAUAUAAUUUAGUUUUGAAAUUAUUUAAAACACGAUUUGACAAAGAUGAUGUUAAUAACUUUUUUCUGCAUGUAAGAAAAAAAAUGAGAAUAGCACUUUAGAUGGUAAAUAAGAGUAUGGGUGGGGUUUUAGGAGGAUGUUGGGGGAAUAAAGACCCAUAGUAUGUUGACAAUGUUACCUAAAGUAUUGUAUACGACACACCGAUGUGUAUAUUUUUUUUUGAUUUUGAAUGUUUUAUUUGUAGUCAGAUGUGCAAAACUUAGUAGGCUUCUAUAUUUCCUGCUUCUAUUUUCCAUUCACAAAUAUAUAAAUGAGGUAUAUAGUGCCAUUUCUUCUCAAACCUGUUCUUCAUAAAAGCAUAGAUCUCUUUUUAUAUGACUGUUGCUUAGAUUAGAUUAGAUUUCAUCUUAGUCAUAGAAACAGUACUGUACAUUUUCAAAUCUUGAUGUUCAGAGUAAUGCAUUGAUUUUGGUUUUACUACUUUUUAAUGUGCAACUUCUUUCUUGUAAUUGAAAAUAAACUACAAU